AACGUCAGAACCCGUCAAAUUCACAUUGUCAUUCACCGCAAUCAACAUGUCCCAGAUGACGUUAUAAAAGAAACUCGCCUUGCCUCCUGAUUUAUUUAUAACGCAGAGUGUACACCGUUCCGACGCAUCGAUUCAUUAAAAAAUAUAUAAAAUCAUGCGCUCCAAGUCGGCAGAGAAGCGUGGAAGGCAAAAAGUUGUCCAGCCGCCGACAUACAGAAUUGAAAAUGAGUACAAUCCGGAAGCGAUGCCUCAGUAUUUUCAGAUUUCAGUGAAUAUUUUGGAAGGCAGGAAACUAGCUUGGGGCAACCGCCAUUCCGCCAACUCAUAUGUAAUAGUGAUUCUUGGCAAGACGAAACACAGGACUAGUAUACAGAGAAACAUGCAGGAGCCUUAUUAUAGAGAAAGCUUCGUUUUUGAGUUGUAUACGAGCAUUCGUGAUCUACAGCAGUCGAGUUUAUGGCUCGCUGUGAUGGAAACAAGGUGUUAUGCUCCACCACGUUUGGUUGGUGAAACCAGUAUUGAUCUUGGGGAGAUUUGGACGCAGCCGCAUCAUCAAGUUUUUCAUAAAUGGGCACAACUUUGUCUGCCUCGUGAUCCGUCCGCUGGACCAGUUGGGUUUCUGCAAGUGGACGUGUCAAUAAUAUUUAGGGGAGACACGCGUGUUAUGCCUGCAAUUAUCAAAGAUGACAAGUUGAUGGAAGACAACCUGCUUCUGCCGUCGGGUUCCCAGCAGCAAUGUGCCAAUUUUCUCAUUACUAUAUACGGAGCAUUGGGUCUGCCGAACGGCUCACAGGUGCAAGAUGAUAAGCGCUUUGGGAAACCUCCGAGUACAUUUGUCAGGGUCUCCUUUUGCGGUCUCGUGGCUACAACUGCAACACUGCCUCGUAAUAAUAAUCCAAUGUAUUGUGAAAAAAUGUCGAUGGUAGAGCUGUUUCCAAACAUGAGUCAGUUUAUUUGCCUCGAAGUUUGCUCAGCUGAGGCAUGUUUCAAUCGAGUUCUGGCUUGCGCUUAUUUGAACUUGGCGCAAGUAUCGCACGAUGGAGAAAAUGGUUUUUUGCCAACAUUCGGACCAUCGCUCCUACACAUGUAUGGGACAUCAUUUACGGGAACCCUCAGUCUGACUGGAGAACAUGGACCUUAUCAUCGUGGAGCCUUACUAGUGGCGCUCAACAUUGUUGUACCGUUUUAUCAGCAGGCCUUCAGAAGCAUUACUGUAGAACCAGUAGCUCCAAUAAAACCAGAACAGCUGUGGAUAGUGGAAGACUUUUGUUUAUUUUGUCCCAUUUUUGAAGUAUCGGUAUUGGAUCGAAGGAUAGCUGGCAAGUUAUGUGGCGUUGCAAUAACGAUGGGUGAAAUACCUUGUGAAAGUAAAGGCGAUGAAGAAUUUAACGACGCAAUGAAUGAAUUAAGAGCUCGUAAGAAGCAUUAUACAGGUUGUUUGGAAGUAUUUAAGAGUCAGCCGGUUUAUGGAUACUUGGAUUUUUGUAAUAGUUUCCCUGUACUUCAGUUUGGUACAAGACUUCCAGACUUCAGAUUUAGAAUGUAUAGAAAUAAUAUGGUCCAUGGGAUUGUCACUGACUUGAAUUUAGCGAUAAGCGAAGUAAAACAUCGACUGGAGAACUUUGAAUACUCUUCGCCGAAUGAGCUCGUGGAGCAACUGAACAAGGCUUUAGACGAAGCCUCAGGCAACAUUGUAAAGUUCCUAGACAUCGUGCAGUAUUCAACCCCGAGCGGUAUUUGCAGUGGAGAGAACGACAUGCGACAUACUACCGAGUUAGAUCUGAAACAGUUGGCUCUUCAGAAGGAGGAAAUUGAAAAGAUACACCAGCAGAUUUCACGCAAGUUCAAAAGCAGCUCAACGCUAAAUCUAAUACCAUCGUGCGGCAUAGGAGUUGGAUAUAAAAGCACUGUCACAAAGAAGACUGUUAAAUAUUAUCUAAUGGAAACGCACAACUUGGCACAGAAACUGACGAAUCUAAUAUAUAAAAAUUUUAAUGGCUGGCCAGAUAUUACAGUAUGGCUUCUGAAUGGAGGUUCGAGAGUGGCGUAUACAAAAAUAUCUGCAGCGGAUGUGAUCCAUUCAGUUAUACCAGAGCAAAGUGGCAAGGAUUCUGGACGAAUUCAAAGCGUUUAUAUGAAGCCGCUCAAAUGUCCAAAGCAUGACAAUAUGUUAGCGACAGACUGCCACUGUAUCGCUGGUAAAGUCGAGCUGUUGUUGUGGAUGGGCUUGUACCGACAACGAUCCGCGUUCGAGUCCUGCCUGCCCGUGGGGUACCAUCUGAAAUUGAAGGAAUAUGACAUGUGUAUAAAAAGUACUGCCAUGAUGUUGGAGUGUCGGGCUUUCAUUUACAAGGGGAAAAUAAACAGCGGUUUUCAUGGACCUGAGUCUCUUCAAGCUUUUGUAAGAAUUAAUGCAUUGAAUAGUGUCAAAGAAACGAAGGUUAAAAGUAAAACACUAUCUCCCGUGUGGAACCAAGUUCUCAAGAUUAACAGAAUGGUGUUCAUGACCCCAGAGAGGCUGGCUAUCAGCCCGCCUAUUGUUUUGGUUGAAGUCAACAAUACAGACUUAUCGAGCAAAACCGAAUUGAUCGGUCGUUUCCAAAUCCAGUCAACGGUAGAUGACAGACAAGACUACGAAUCCGCACCUAAGUUGCAAUGGUACGAUUUAUAUAAAGGGGUUGAAUGUACUGGCCAAGUGCUUAUGUCCGUUCAGUUGUUACAGAUACCAGAAAGAGAACUAAAAACUGCAAUGUAUGGUUCAGUGGAGGAAUGUUUUGCGUCCACAUCUGUACCUAAAGUUGAUGCCCCAGAUGAUUUUGAAUCUCUACCGACUAAUCUUUUAGCCAUAUCUUCUUCUUACAAGGUUGACAUUUAUUGGUGGGGCCUCCGUGAGUUAAACGUUGCAAAGAAGCCGGGUGUCAUCUUGGAGAUUGAAGAGGUUCUCAUCAAAUCCGAGGUCAUUGCCAAUAAACAAUCGAACUGCAACUUCCCGAACGGCCGAUCAUCACAUAUAUUUGAAGCUCCACUGAAUGAAUCUUACAGUCCUCUUUUGAAUAUUAAGUUAUUUGAUAGCAGCACUUUUGGAAGAAGUUUGUUCCUCGGCUCAAAGGUAGUGAAGAAUCCUACAAAAUACUUAGUAAAUUGGCUUCCUAAAAGUGAGAGAGAUGUUUCUCUUGGACGAAUGUCGAUAAUGUCUUCGGAUUUUGUUCAAGUGAACCAAAUGUUAUUUGUAAAGAAAAGUUCUCAUCUGCCCCAAGAGAGUGUCGAUUACGGUAGUAACGAAUCUAUAAUAAAACCUAAUAAAUGUAGAGAAAAAUGCAAGAAAUGGCGCACAUUGUUCUGGCGUAGAGAACUGGUUGAGGAAGAGUGCACUUUGUUACCUAUAUUAACUACAAAAAAACAGAAGAUAAUUACGAGGACGCCGAACGAUGAAGAAAAGGAUUGGUGGUUAAAAUACUUGCGGUCCGAUAAAAAUUAUAAUGAUGAAGAAAAUGUACCUCUCGGAGAAAAAUUAAUCAUAUACGAAUCAGAGCUUGAGAACCAACCGGAGUUCUCAAAGUUUAAAGAUUGGUGUUCAUCACUUAAACUUUAUAAUGGAAAGAAAACAGGUAUCCCGGAGAAGGACGAACAACUCUACUGCGGGACUUUAAAAGCGGGGAUUGCAAUAUAUAGAUGGCCACCUCCCGCUAAUACUGUCGCGGUUAACUAUAGCGGAGUCGAUUUGCAUAAAGGAAUUUUUGACGACCAUCCCAGUAACGACCCAGCAAAUUUUUUGAUUAGAGUUUACUUGAUCAAGGCACUCUAUUUGAAAAUCAAAGAUUACAUCGGAAGAUUGGAUGCUUACGUUAUACUUAACUGUGGUAAAAAACACUUAGGGGAUAGAUGUAAUUACGUAUCGAACACGUUUAACCCAAUAUUUGGAAGGAUGUAUGAAUUUAGAUGCAGUCUGCCAGAGGAUUAUCUCCUCACAGUAUCGCUAUUCAAUUAUGAGGAAUCGCAAACAGAUGAACUGAUAGGGUGCACAGGCAUCGAUUUGGAGGAUCGAAUUUACACCAAACAUCGAGCCCGAGUCGGUCUCUCGAAAGAAUAUAAUCUAAUGGAAAAAUAUAAAUGGCGGGAUUGCAUUAAGCCAUCGGAAAUACUUGAAAAUUUAUGCUUGAUCAACCAUUUACCUUCCCCUGUGUUCACGGACAGCAGCACAACUGUAAUGGUAAACAACGUUGAAUACAAAGACACCGAACGAGGGAAAUCGUCAGUAUCAGAACGCAAAGAGAAUUUGUGUUUGAGUAUUUUACAUAAGUGGCACACGCUACCUUUGUGUGGUUGUCAUCUGGUGCCGGAACAUGUUGAAACAAGGACGUUGUAUAAUCCAGAUAGACCUGGGACUGAUCACGGCAAACUUCAUAUGUGGGUGGAUAUUUUCCCUCUGGAUACUGGUGCAUAUAUACCGCCUCCCAUUGAUAUAACACCUAGGAAGGUAGAAGACUAUGAACUUAGACUUACGAUUUACUCCGUUCAAGCUUUUGUUCUACAAGCCGAUUAUCCAUCAAGAAGGAUUUCAGAUUUUUAUGUGAAAGCAUAUCUUGGAAUCGCCGAUGAAGCCCAAAAGACUGACGUACAUUACCAAUGUGUAACUGGUGAAAGCAAUUUUAACUGGCGAAUGAUUUUCAACUUUCAAUAUCAACCAGCAACCCGGAAGCUUGUUCGCAAAGAAAAAGGUAUAUUCACGGAGUAUGAGGAGAGUGUACCGCCAAUAUUAAUUGUUCAGUUAAUGGAUAAUGAAGCUGCAUGUCCAGCUGAUUGUAUAGGUUCUCUCAUGCUAAAUCUGAACGCCAUACCAAGAGGAGUGAAAAAAAUCGAAGAUUGUUCUUUGGACGUUUUGAAAAAUCUUAAGAAAAUCAACUUAUUUGCAACUAGGUCUCUUCGUGCUUGGUGGCCUCUAAGUACUAUCGAUCAGAGUUCUGGAACAAGUUGCUUAGCCGGUACAAUAGAUUUAGAGAUCACUCUUCUGCAGCAAGAGAAUGCGACACUAAUGCCGGUUGGAAUAGGUAGAGAGCCUCCAUAUCCAUUACCUGAACCAAUGAGACCAGAAGUUAGUUCACGCAGAUUUUCGUGUAAACUAAAAAAUAUUUACCGAAUUUCACCACGGAUAGUUUCGGUGUUUGCUUUUUGUGGAUUUAUUUUUUUAACCGUUUUUUUGGCGCUGUAUUUCCAAUUGCCAGCAAUAAUACAAUACUGGAUAAUGUAAUACUGUGCAUCUCAUCAGAAGACGCAAGAACUUAAACUUAAAAAGGAACUUCAAGUAUAAUGUGAACGUAAAAGAGUGAAAAUCGUACUUUUCUUACGUAACUAGGCAUAUCGACGUAAAACCCAGAAAAAUCUUUAUGAUUUAUACUAUUAAAAGAUAAAAUGUUGAAACAAAUUAUUACGAAGGCAGUGAUUCAUUUACAUGCC